AUGGCGGGGAAACAGACAGAACAGGACACAGACAAUCUGAUCAGCUUCGAGACAGAGAUGUAUUCAGGAGAGGACUCUGGGAAAGUUUACGUUAAAAACGUAGUGUGCGGGAUCAGUGGCGCAGCCGGGAUCGCAGACGGCAUGGACAGCACAGACAACAGCGGGAAUCUGGAACAGAACGGCGGGCCCGCGGAUGUUAAGGGACCGGUAUUGCGAUACAUGAAUGCGCAGUUCAAGUUUCCAGUGUUCUCAGGGAGUGACAAUGAGGACCCGCGGGAGUUUCUGCGGGAGUGUGAGCACCUUCUAAAGUUGUACGAAGUGCGACAAGCAGAGUGGGCAUCGCGAGUGAUGGGACAGCUCCGUGGUGAGGCGAGGAACUGGUGGUCAAUGGCUGGGAGUUUUGAUACUGAUUGGGGACAUUUUGUACGUCAAGUCGAGGCGAGAUUCGACAACGACCAGGCACGUGCGAUGUGUCUACGGACUUUCUAUUGCCGGAAACAGGACAAGGACAAGAGCGCGGAACAGUUUAUCUACGAGAAGCUGCGUAUGAUCCGACAGUUGGGAACAAGUGGGGACGUGAGUGCGGCAUUACCGACCAUAGUCGAACAGUUGUUACUGGAGUUCCGCCCCUUCAAGAGGACAGCUGCUAGAUGA